UGGGGGAAAGAAAAAAAUUCAUUUACCUUUCUCAUUAUAAACACCAUCAUAUCCUUUUAAAUUUGGAGAGAUUUGAAGUGAAAAUGGAGAUCCACUUUUCCCCUCCCUUUCUUUCCUUUCCCCUUGUUUUCCCUUCUAUCUCGCGUUUUGCUCCAUCUUCUACUCAAUUAAGCCGAUACCAACGAUAUCCAAAUUCCAAACUAAGUGUAAACAUGAUUAGGUAGUCGAAAUUGUGGUUCGAGGUAUGAGUUUAGGAAUCGAAAUUUUCUUAUACAAACACAUAAUAUACAAGUUUUGUUCAUACAUCAAAUUGAAGAAACCAUUUACUCUUACCCAUUAUUUGAUUGUGGAUUAUGCCCACCAAAAAUUAACAAAAAAAAAAAAGUGUUUCCUACCAACCAAAAUGGGCCCCUUAAUCCUAAAGCUCAUGCAUGCAAUAUGUAUGGGGGUGAGCCACCCUUUUGACUCUUUAAGAGUUUUACGUCUUAGAAAAUUCUAAAGUGGGAAAAUUAAGAGAAGGAUCCAUUCUUUUACUUAUUGACCUCUUUGUAUUUUCUUUCCACUUAUAUAAAGUAACCACCACUCCCUUCAUUAUUCUCGUCAACUUUCUUCUUCCUUUUUCCCGGCCAUCGUAAAUAAAAUCAUAGACGUGAAAAUAAGAGGUGGAAUUUGGUGCAAAAUGGUGACCUCCAUCGUUUCUCUUGUUGUGUUAGCUUGCAUCUUGUACUUGAUCAUCAACCAUUCAGUGGAAUCUCCGAAGCAUAAGACGGUGGGUGUUUACUUUAACACGACGGCGCCGGAGAUUGCUCGGACAGAUGAUGACUAUAUUUGCGCUACACUAGAUUGGUGGCCUUCUGAUAAGUGUGACUAUGGUUCUUGUAGCUGGGGUGAAGCCUCUCUUCUCAAUUUGGAUCUGAACAACACAAUUCUGUCAAACGCUGUAAAAGCAUUUUCACCCCUGAAAAUCAGAAUGGGUGGAACAUUACAGGAUAAGCUAAUCUAUCAAACAAAUUACCAACAAACUUGUAACCCAUUUGUCAAGAAUAUCUCUCAACUUCUUAGUUUCUCAGAAGGCUGUCUUCCCAUGGCGCGAUGGGAUGACCUCAACAAGUUCUUCACAGAUACAGGGGCUGUUGUUACAUUCGGGUUGAAUGCGCUUACAGGAAGAACUAUACACCCAGAUGGGUCAGCAGAAGGAGCUUGGGAUCCUAGCAACGCCGAAUCACUUUUGAGGUACACAGUCAACAAGAGAUACACUAUCUACGGAUGGGAACUUGGAAAUGAACUGAGUGGAAAUGGAAUUGGUGCGAGGGUAACAGCUCAGCAGUAUGCUUCAGAUGUACAAACCCUGCAACAUUUGAUUGAAAAGGUGUAUGUAGGCUCUGAGACAAAGCCUAUACUGCUUGGCCCUGGAGGAUUUUUUGAUGCUGCGUGGUUCGCUGAGUUUAUUGGAAAAACAACCAAGUCUCUCCAAGCUAUCACCCACCAUGUCUAUAAUCUUGGUGCAGGUGACGACAACGGCCUUGUGGGUAGGAUAUUAGAUCCAUCCCUCCUUAACAGGGAAGCAAGUGUAUUCAGAAACAUCCAACAGGACAUAAGGAAUUCAGGGACUUCAGCUGCUGCUUGGGUUGGUGAAGCAGGUGGUGCUUUUAACAGUGGUCGCAAUCAUGUGACAAAUGCUUUUGUCAUGAGCUUCUGGUACUUAGAUCAGCUAGGAAUGGCAGCAACCUAUGAUACCAAAACUUAUUGCAGACAAACUUUGAUUGGAGGAAACUAUGGGCUUCUUGAUAAAUCCAGUUUUGUGCCAAAUCCUGAUUAUUACAGUGCUCUUCUUUGGCACCGUUUGAUGGGAAAACAAGUUCUCUCCACAACCGUUUCUGGGACGAGUAAUUUACGAGCUUACACUCAUUGCUCGAAGCAAUCUCAAGGCAUCACAUUGCUCUUAAUCAACCUCGAAGCUGAGGUGACCUUUAGAGUCAACAUAUCUACAGAAACAGGCAGCAUUUUAGCACAAAGCAGCGGUUCAUUUGCUAGGAAAUCCAAGUUUGAAAAAAUGCCAAUAAUCAUGAAUACAAGAGAAGAAUACCACCUGACGGCCCCUGGUAGAGAUUUGAGCAGCAAAAAAGUGCUUCUAAAUGGGAGAGUUUUGUCUGUCGAUUCCUCCGGAAGCAUUCCAUUACUGAAACCUGCAAUUGUACAUUUAAAUGAUCCAAUAACUGUUGCGCCAUUCUCGGCUGCAUUUGUACAUAUACCGAGCAUUGUUUCACAUGCUUGUAAAUAGAAACAGAUACAUAUCACAAUAGAUUCAAAUAGAAAGAUAGAGCACAAAUGUAAAAAGUAUCAUAGUGAAGCUUCAUUAUUCGUAGCCA